GGUAAACAACGAUUACAUAGAAGAGUUGUAUACCUGGCGGAUUGUGAUGGGGCAGAUCUAGAAAAAUGAACGACGGAGGAGGAGGUUACGGAAAUAACAACAACGGAUACAACGGGAAUAGCAAUGAGAACAUUGGAGGGAAUGGGUGGAGAGGAAACAUCAACUGUUACGAAUGUGGGAAACCAGGCCACAUCGCCCGAGACUGCUGGAGUAAACGAGGGAAAGGAAACCAGAACGAUGAUGACGUACAUAAUUUUAUGAAAGAACUGGUGGAGGAGAAGAAGGAAGCUAAGAAGAAAAAGGAGGAAGAAGAACAGAAGAAACUGAAAGAGGAGGAACGAAGGAGGGAACUAGACUUAGCAAGAAGAACGAAAGAGAUGAGACUCCAACUUCAAACGGAUAUCGAGGAGAAAUGGAAGAGACAACAGGAGGAAGCGCGUGCUAAGGCGGAAGAGAUUGCGCGUGAAGGAAGCACGAAGUUACCGAGCCCGAAACUCUCGCCACGACAGAAGACCGUCACGAACGAUAAGACAAAGAAGAUGUCGCGCAAACCGAGAAAGAGCAAGAAGAAAGGACGAAGCACGAGGUCCUCGUCGAACACAGACGUUGAAGAUAGUUCUACAACAUCGACAAGCGACUCAGGAGAAGACACCGGGGAAGAAGCACGGAAGAUCGCACAGCUACUUCGAGAGGAAAGACUGAAAGGAAGAUCGAAGAGAAAGCAGAUUAAAGGGAGGCAGAGGACUAAGACAAUAGCUAGCACGUGGGAGAAGGGAGAAUGCUCUACGCGCCCCGACACCCCGCCAUCACAAAGACCGACAGACGAGAGUGAACCAAGGACACCGCUUACACGAGGGUACAAGGGAAUCCCUGUCGAGUGCUUUCGUGAAGGCUUCAUGGACUACACUAUGAAGGUGAUGGCGCAGUACUCGGCGAAGAAAGUGAACCAAGUCCGAGAGAUAUGCGAGAAGGAAGGGAUAAAAUCGGCCAAGAAAGAUCAGAUGGUGAUGGAACUUGUGAAGAAGCAGACCGAGCGCGCCUAUGGAGGUUUCUUCGACACACCUGUAAAGAAAACGGGGGAAAAGUUGAAGAACGAAGAAAGGGAAGCGGAAGAUAGGACUCCUCCGGAAGCCAUCAAGACAACCGUCAACACAAGAGGGAAGACCAAGAUGUUCGUCCCACCGCGGAGCAUCAUCCGAUCACCACCAAAAGACACCGAUCUGGGUUCGGAUUGACUAUCCGUACCCCCUACAAACAAGGAGCUAUGGAUAGCUCUUAGAGCACAGAUGGAGACAAGACGAAACCUGAUGCGAGGAACCAACAGCGAGCAGUCUGCGGACAUCGAACGAAGGAUCUCGACCACUAUGUUACUCCUAAGCAUGAAGGGAGAGAUCAGCUGGCUGAACAAGUUUACUGAUAAAGCCGAUCUGAACGA